GUUCAGUCCCAGUCCAAUGAGAACAGCGGGGUCUGGGCUCGGAUAGAGAGUUGGGUUGUUCAAUCUGUGAGGAGGACAACAAUCAGCUCCGAGUGUACCGGAUGGAUGCAUGUUGGCGACGAAUGCUCCUGGUGGUACUGGUGGUGACAGUGGGAAUGCUGGAGUUCUCUGCAGAUACUGUGAUGUAUUGUCCCAAACCUGAUCAAGAAAUCUGCAAUUACAAAUGAGUUGCUGCUUGGCUACAGGACGUGUGUCCUAUCACUGAGGCCACAUGUGUAUCUGGAGAGAUGGAUCGUUGUAAGCACGUGGGACGCCUUCGUAUGGGCCAUGAUCAUUCUAUCCUCAAUCCACAGAAAUGGCAGUGUGUGGACUGCAGCACCACCGAUUCGGUGUGGGCCUGCCUCAAGUGCUCCCACGUGGCCUGUGGACAUUUCAUGGAGGAACACUCACUCAAACACUUUCAGGAGUCACACCACCCGCUGGCUAUGGAGGUGCGUGAGCUGGAUGUCUUCUGCUUUGAGUGUGGAGACUAUGUACUCAAUGACAAUGUAGAGGGAGACCUCAAACUCCUCAGAGGGGCACUCUCUACUGUCCGGAGCCCAGGUAGACGCUCACUUCGCUCCUCGACUGGGGGAGAGUGCACCCCCUGGGUCGGGGAAGGUGGGCCACAGCCCGCCAUGCAGCUGGCCUUGCGUCACAGGAGGAAAGCGCUCCUGGGAAAGAUGUUUCGGAUGUGGAUCAGCAAACAUCAGGAGUUGCAGAAUCAGCGUAAGGAGAAACUUGAGGAAGCCAGAAGACAAAAGAAAGAGGUUAAAAGGAGACUCAUGGAAGAGCUUGGCAAUGUACCUCCCAGAAAGAGUGCUAGGCUUCUUACUCAGGGGCCACGUUCAACCAUCACACUCAUUCCUCGCAAAUUUCGCGACCCUCCAGAACGUCUACCUCCUCCUCCCAAGAAGCCUUCCCCUCUAACCCUGUCCCGUAAGUCUCCUCAGAAUGGCCGAGCUGCUAAACUGAGGAGAUACUACUCCACACACACGGUAACCCGCCGGAGACUCGCUCCAGGUGUCACUGGGCUGCGCAACUUGGGGAACACAUGCUACAUGAACUCAAUAUUGCAAGUGCUGAGCCACCUGCAGAAAUUCAGGGAGUGUUUUCUCACUUUGGACCUGUGUGAGACUGAGGAGCUGCUGGCCAAAACUAAUCGCUCCCAGGGGAUGAAGGGAGUGACAGGAGGCAUAGUCAGCAGUGGUACCACAGCACUGUCCGGAUGCCCUCUUGGACGCAUGGGGAAGGCGGGUUGUUGGAAUUUGCCGGUGGGCAAAAAAGAAAGUGCUCCGCCUUCCCCAAAGGCUGCUGAGUUGGUCCAGCCUAAGGAGCCUCGCUGCUCUACCCGCCAGCAGAUGUCUCUGUGCCAUGAGUUGCAUACACUUUUCAGGGUCAUGUGGUCAGGCCGGUGGUCUUUGGUAUCUCCUUUCGCCAUGCUGCAUUCUGUGUGGAACCUCAUACCAGCUUUCCGAGGGUAUGACCAGCAGGAUGCCCAGGAGUUCCUGUGUGAGCUGCUGGACAAGGUGCAGCAAGAACUGGACACAGAGGGGUCCAAACGAAGGAUAGUUAUCCCCAUUACAAAGAGGAAACUAUCCAAACAAGUGCUAAAGGUUCUUAACACCAUUUUUCAUGGGCAGCUACUUAGCCAGGUAACGUGUCUGUCCUGUAAGCACAAGUCUAACACAGUUGAGCCAUUCUGGGAUUUGUCUUUGGAAUUUCCAGAGCGAUAUCACAGCAUUGACAAAGGCUCAGGCUCUACAGCUUACCAGCGCAGCUGCACCCUCACUGAGAUGCUGUCCAAGUUUACAGAAAUGGAGGCUCUUGAAGGCAGCAUCUAUGCCUGCAACCACUGCAACAAAAGAAGACGAAAAUCAUCCCACAAACCCUUAGUUCUGUCAGAGGCAUGUAAGCAGCUUCUGAUCUACCGCUUACCUCAGGUUCUACGACUGCACCUCAAACGCUUCAGAUGGUCAGGGCGGAACCAUAGGGAGAAAAUCGGUGUCCAUGUGGCCUUUGACCAGGUUCUGAACAUCAAACCAUACUGCUGCACUGGCUCAGGUCACUCUGUCCACAGAGGAGGCUACACCUAUGAUCUGUCUGCUGUAGUUAUGCAUCACGGUAAAGGCUUUGGCUCAGGGCACUACACCGCAUACUGCUACAAUACAGAAGGAGGUUUCUGGGUCCACUGUAAUGACUCUGAGAUGAAGGUUUGCAGUGUGGAGGAAGUGUGCAACACUCAGGCCUAUAUUCUCUUCUAUACCCAGAGGUCUGCCUAGGUACCUCUCGCUGUGAUGUCGACCUGUACGCAGUAACUUAGGGCUGCGUUUAUGAAAAGGUUCUCUGUUUUCCCAAAAUUAAGCUGUCACUUGAAAAUAAUUUGCUAAAAAAAUGAUAGAAAUGAGGGCAGUAGGACAUCGACUAUCAUGAAUCAAGGUGAAAAUUUUAUCAGCAUAAUCCAAAUGAAAAUAAUGGUAUACAGUGGUGUAAUUUUGCAAUUACAUUAAAGUUCGCUAAUGGAAGGUUUCAGAUUAUGGAAAAGAAAAGAGAUCAAUAACCUUUUCAUAAGUAAGGCCACAAGUUUCUCAGCCUGUGGGAUCAGCAUAUUUGGUUUAUGGCCUGAAGACUGU